CCCUUCUGAUGGGGAAAGCAUGUGGGUGCAGGAGGUAAGAGUUUAGAGAACAUGGGAAUAAUUGAAUGAGGCUCAGAAAUCUUCAGGUCCCAAUAUACAAUUCAAUUAAAUAAAACAUAUAAGCUCUCUCUACUUGCAGAGUUCACAUGUAAGGUUUUUAGCAUUUUUGAAUCUGGUCCCUUAUUUAUAGAGGAAGCUUUUGUGCUUGGAAAUGACAAUAGCCAUAGAUAAAACUCCCAACUCUUUCCUCCAUUUGUCUCGGUUUGUUCUCCUUCAUUGGGCUAGCAAAAGAUGGCGAAAAUAAUUUCUGUAUUAGCAAUCUUCUCUGGACUCUGCUAUUUUUCCAUCCAUGCCAAUGCAUUUUCGCCUUCCGGGUGGACUAAAGCUCAUGCUACCUUUUAUGGUGGCAGUGAUGCUUCAGGAACUAUGGGAGGAGCUUGUGGUUAUGGGAACUUGUUUUCUACCGGGUAUGGGACCAGGACUGCAGCCUUAAGUACUGCAUUGUUCAAUGAUGGAGCUUCAUGUGGGCAAUGCUAUAAGAUCAUCUGUGAUUAUAAUGUCGACGCCAAGUGGUGUAAGAAGGGAUUGUCUGUGACAGUCACUGCAACCAACUUCUGCCCUCCAAACUACGAUCUUCCAAGCAACAAUGGAGGCUGGUGCAACCCUCCUCUCCAGCAUUUUGAUAUGGCUCAACCUGCCUGGGAAAAGAUUGGCAUUUACAAGGGAGGGAUUGUGCCUGUGUUGUUCCAAAGGGUUCCUUGCAAGAAGCAUGGCGGUGUUAGAUUCACAAUCAAUGGAAGGGACUAUUUUGAGCUGGUUUUGAUCAGUAAUGUGGCAGGAGCUGGAUCUAUUCAAUCUGUGUCCAUCAAAGGCUCGAACACUAACUGGAUGGCAAUGUCAAGAAACUGGGGAUCUAAUUGGCAAUCGAAUGCCUAUCUCAAUGGCCAGCCUCUGUCCUUCAAAGUCACCACUACAGAUGGAGAAACCAGACUGUUCCAAAACAUUGUUUCUUCCAACUGGGCUUUUGGCCAAACCUUCUCCAGCAAAGUACAGUUCUAAGAUGAAAAACAGCUUCAGGGUUUGAGGGUUUUGGGGUUUGGAAACCCGUCGGCAGAGGCGUGCUUACAAUUUUACUGAAGCAGCCCGCCACUCUUUUUUUGGGUCGUUGAGGUGGUUAGGACAUAACAGUUCUGGUCGGUGGCUGAGAUGGGGAGCAAACUCAAGAACUCGAGCCUAUUACUUGUUUGCAUUUUUUAACAAAGACAAGGCAUUAUGCUUGAUCCAUCCUCACAGCUUUCUGUGGGGGGCUGUGUCGAUUUUGCAUUAUUUGUUGUGGGACAACAAUAAGAAGCGCAGUGAAAAUGCCGCUUCAGCCUGUAGAAAAUUUUAAAUUUACGUAAUAUAUAUAUAUAUAUAUAUAUAUGCUUGUAAUAUUAAUUGUGAUAGUU